UCGAGUGCCUGAGCAAUCAUCAGUCAACCAGCUCGUGCCACGUGUCGCUGGUGGUCCAUCCAUGUCGAGAGGAGGACAGCACCAGUGGUUGAACCGUCAAUCUCGAUUACCGACUGGCCCGCCUGGUCAGCUCGGUGGCCGGCCUCGUCAUUCGCCGCCGCCAUAGCUGGCGAUCGUGCCCGGUGACGUCAGACACGACGUGUGUAGCUGACACGUGUCUGUAGUAGAGCAACAGCUGUCAUACAGUAAGAUAGGACAGGUGGAGUGACAGAAGAGAGACCCUACCCACCUUCUAUUCCCCUUCUUGAGCAUGAGAACACGUGGCACUGAGGAUACGUGUACGCACAGGGAUGAAGGUGAUUACAUGUCAGCCGUCACCAUCGUCCGGUCUACCUUCUUUGUGCAGUAGGCGGCGGUGAUGAGGGACCGUAGGGGAUGGAGAGAGAGAGAGAAUAGUAGAUGGCGGGAAAAGUGGGAUGAGCUAACGACGAACUGAUUGGGGAGCGCAGUGUUUACUGACAACGGGUAGUAAUCAACAUGGGCUGGGUGAAUUCGAUAUGUCUGGGAGGAGGAGGUGGUGGAGAUGGGGGAGGAGGCCUGAUGUCGGUGGUCCCGGCGCCGCCAACACCGACGAGCUGUCGCCUUUGCGGCGCUGGGAUCAUCGAUCAACGCUCCCGCCCAUCGGUUCGCCGUCUUUGCGGAUCGCUGACCAGCCGCCAUAGCUCGAUCUCGUCGUCUUGCUCAUGGAUCUCGCCAACCCUGCUCUCGAUUAAACACGUGGACAAGAGGAAGAGCUGUUCUGCGAGGAGCUGUAGUGCGCCGCCGGGUGGAGCUUUCAUUAACCGGCUCUCCUUGAUUGAUGGGGCCUUGCUGGAAUGGCCGUUGAUCGAUAGGGAAGGGAGUUUUGGCGGGAAAUGGGGUUUUGGUGGGAAAAGUGUUCACAUCCCGAAGAGGAUAACUCCUGUCCAAACUGGCGGCAAAAAGUGCCGAUGUGGCUUCUUCGACUGUCUGUUAUUUGACUGUCCCUCCCCCUCGCCGUCCCUUCUUUCCUCCUCCUCCUCCUCCUCCUCCUCCUCCGCUUCGUCGUCCUCUUGGAUGUCCUCGCAGUUCCGGCCACCAUCGCGUCGUCUGUGCUUUCUUCUCGCUCGCCAUAGCCGACAACGCAGUCUGAUAGGGUCAUCGUCGUCUUGCAGAUCGGGGUCGGGGCCUUGCCUCUCUCGAAGACGAGGCUGGAUUUCGAAUGAAGCGAUUCGCGCGGGAAUCCGUCCGUCGGGACUGCCGAUGGAGGAUGGGCGCCGAACUGCUGCCAGUCUCGUUCGUGCCGCGAUCCCGACGUCGAGGGCAGGUGGCGGGGUCGAGGUCGGGGCCGGGCUCGCCGACCUCUGCUCUUUGAGUUGCCGGCUUGGCAAGUCGCUUCGUCCGGACUCAGCUAGGGCAGCAAGACGACAAGGGCGAUCGCGACUUAGCCACGUGGCAGCAAUCUGUGCCAGCGAGGCGGCUCAGCUGGCGGGAACGGCGAUGGGGAUAAGAUUGGAAGAGGGGUAUGCGGCGAGCGACAAUCUAGUGGAACAUCAGGGGGGCAUCGAUCCAUUGGCAGCAGAACCUACAAGAGGACAGCAGGAGGAGGAGGACGAGGAGGAGGAGGAGGAGGAGGAGGAGGAGGAGGAGGAGGAGGAAGAAGAGAGUUGGGAACGCAAUCAUGAUGGCAAUGGCGAUUCUUCAUCUAGGAAGACGAAGGUGAUGAGAAGAAGCUUGGACGGAGGAAACGGCGAUGGUGAAGGUUGGAGGAUAAAGGCUGGUAAUGCUGCUGGCUAUGGCGUUGAUGACCGCACCAUAGAUGCAAUGAACAGGGAAGAAGAAGAGCACGAAGAGCGAGAAGGAAACGAAGGAGGAAAAGACGAAGAAGAUGAUGACGAAGGAGAAGAAGGAGAAGACGGAGAAGAAGAUGAAAGCGAAGAGGAAAGGAAGGAGAGACUCGCUAAGCGGUUCGAGAGGGUAGCCGACAGAUAUGGCAAUCCGGAGGAACAAGAAAAGGAGAUACGUAGACGUCAACGAAUAAGCCAAGCGAAUAGAGGACGGCGGCCUUGGAACAAAGGAAGGACUCAUUCUGAAGAGUGUCAGUUUGCUCUAUCGAUUAAGGGCUUGUGUACUCAAAACCUCGUCAAUUUCCUUGGCGUUCGAGCAAGACUGAAAGUCAGCGGACACAAGCAAACACCAGAGACGAAGGAGAAGAUAAAGCAAACUAUGGCGGUAACGUGGGAGAAGAAGAAGGAGAUGAAUAUUGUAAAGAAGGCACUAGUGCGGGAAUGGCGAGAAGAGAUCGCCCUGUCAGCAAGAGUAGGGCUACCAGGAGAUGAGGAGCUGAAUUGGAAUGCCUGGCACCGAAAGAAGGCGGCCAUUCCAAAGGUGGAGAAGGACUCCACGGCAUCAAAAAAACGGCCUACUCAUUCAGAAGAGCACCGGCGCAGAAUCUCCGAAGCUAUCCGACGCAAGUGGGAAGAUAAGGAGUACAGAGAGAAAGUGUAUCACAGUAUUUUGCAGAGGGCAGCAGCAGCGCCCAAAAGCGCGUCGUCGUCCUCGAGGUCGAGGCGGCCCAGGCCACAGCCAAAGCCGCGUCCGCUGAAGCCAAAGGUCAUGAAACCUCAUGUUAAGAAAAUGACACCUGACGACGAGAAGGAGAUGUGGGCUGUGUUUGUGGCGGAGGUGAGUAAAUCGCCGAAGGAGGAGAUACCGGGUUACGUUGCGGUGACGGGAUCGCUGGCCCGGGAAACCAUUGAGGAGAAAGUAGCGGAGGAGAGGGCGGAAAGGGAAAAACGAGAGCGGCAGAUUGCCAGAAGGGAGAUGAAGAAGCUGAUGCACGCAGUGAGCGAAUGUGAGGCGAUGGAAAAGCUGAAAGUCAAACUUGCGGCAAAAGCACGGAUGCUGAUGGCUGAAGCGGAGAGAGCCGCGCAGGCACUGGAAGCAGCGGCAGCAAAUGGGGAUCCUACAGUGGUCAUUUCACUGAAUGAAACUCGGCGGCUGCUCUCCGAAGCGGCGGAACAGGUUCGGCUUGCUGGGUUCGAUCCCAGCCAGCCUAUUGUGAGUAUGCAGGGCGCCAUGGACAAUAAGCCUGUGGUUCUGACAAACUCUUUCAAUAACUUCGCUGCCGCGGAGAAGAAGCAAAGGUUCACCAGCAGGUCAUCGGUUGAAGACUUGGGGGUUGAUGAAGGUGAGCAUCAGACAGAGGCUGACCAUGCUGCACAUAUGAACGACGGAGAGGCGGAAAACGGGGAGAGAGAGGGAGGUGGCCUCAAUGAAGAUGGUGAUUGCCAGUUGUCGUCGAAGUUGUGGCCGAAUUUCCUGAGUACGAAGCCUAUAAGGACUUUGCAGGAAAUGUCCCCCGACUCGUCGGAGCAGAUGGUGGAUAUGUAUAAGGUAGGUGACGAGGUAGGUAGGGACGAUUCAUCGGUGAAAAGCGAAGAGAGACAGGUUUUGAAGCAAGAUGUAAGUCGAUGGUUGUCGCUGCUUUCGUCAGAUGGCAGAGAUGAGAGUGCUUGGGGGAGAUUGGAAGAUGAGAGGGAAUGGAUCCCGUCAUUGGGGGGGCUCGGUGGAGCCCUCAACGGAAAUGUCAAUGGCCUAGUGCCGGGGAAGAACGUAAAUGGGACUCGGGAGCAAGGAAAGCUGGGAACGGUCAACGGUUGGCCGCAGAAAAGUCGCGGUGGUGAUUGCACCAAUGAGGCGGGAGGAGUUGGCAGCAGUAAUGGCUGCGCUGUUAAUGGUUUCCCUCCUGAAGAGAGGGGUUUCGGAGCUGCGGACUCGGCGGAAGGGCGUUCAUCUUCUCCGUCGUCUUCCUCUUUGACGGAGAGGGUAAGGGAGAGGAGCACAAUUGAAGGGACACUAGAGAUGCGAUGGUCAGAUUUGCUGGAAGAGGAAGCGGCUGGCGCAGGCAGGCCAGGGGACGGACGCAUGGGCAGCUUUGUGGGGAUGUCUACGGGUAUCGGUAAGGCCUCCCUCGGAUUUUCCUCUGCGCCCAAUACAGUAGCCCAAAGUAGUAGAGGGGCUUGUCCACAGGUCGGUGAGGGAGCGCUAGGGGAGAUUGACAUUUCUUCCUCCUUGAAAGGAAUGAGAGAAAGCAGUAGCAUCGCUGAAGUGCGAGUUCGAGACGCAUCCGAAUCCAAUGCUGUCGGAAUACGACUGAAGGACAAAGCUGCAGAUAGCAUAUCAAGGCAAAGAGUGAAGGUCAAGCGCUGGCAGCGAGGGAGGUUAGUGGUCGUGGAGGUGGAUGCGGACGAAGCAGGACAACCAUUGGGGUAGGUUUUACCAGCUGUCGUUCUCUCUAUCUGUAAUUGUUGAAAACAACAGAUAACGGAUUCUUUUUAACUCUCUUUGUUAACCAGUUGUCAUAAUUCUUAGGCGUUCGGUGGUGUGGGUGUAGUUUAGCGAGAGAGGAGUAGGUAGGUGGACGAUAGUUGUGUGAAAAGAGGGAAAGGAGGGAAGGAGGGGAGGGCAGCAAUGGGGAGACGGUGGGACUUGGUGGCACACACAGUGGUUGUAAACGCUGUCGGAUAUGCGAGACGAGGGUUCGAACUCGGGAGUGUGUAGGGUGGUGGUGCUUUGCAGUGUGGUUUUGCUAAGAAACCCCACAUCUGUUAGCAGUGAUUAGCAAUUUUCCUAUAGGUGGUAUAGGCUCGGAAAUUGGAAGGACUAAGUGAAGGGCAUUUUUGAGACGGUGGAUGUGUUGCGGAGACAAGUUUGAUGAGAAGGAAAGGUAGUUGUAUUGUCGUGUUAAUCGUCUUGCUCGACUCGGUCGUGUCUGCGCCCCUGCUGCGUGAAGGGUGCCUGCAGAGAACUGGUGCUGGGACAACUAGGGUGCCAGUUUGCUGUACAGAGGAGAUGUCAGGGCUUCAUGCUCUGCAACCGUGUGCCAGUGGGUGUCGCUAGUUUGACCAGAUGUGUGGCUAGUUUGACUGAAAGUGUGGCUAGUUUGACUGUAAGUGUGGUCAGUUUGACGAAAAGUCGGUUUCAUGCAUUUUGCAGUUCAGAGGGUAACUUGAUCGAGGCUCUCGGUUCAAGUAAAUGGUGGCGCAGAUGGCAUUGAGGAGAGCAGGCCAAUUGUUGUUUUUGUUGGUCGAGGAGAUAACCGUGCGUGCUCCUGCUAUGUCCAGAGGGUAAGGAAUGUUGCUUGAGCUUGAGCGUUCCUCUCGCCGAAGUUACAUCGCUUUCAAAAAUGCACAGGAUCUCGCCAAAAAGCAGGGAUGGUUCAGAUGCACUUUGGGAGUGCAUGUGUGGUUCGGGGUUGGUUGGGGGGGGGGAGGAAGUGGGGAGAAGUACACGAGGGUGUUAAUUGGGGGGGGGAGGGGGAAGACAAUGUGGAAAGGAACAAAAUUGAUAGGAGGGGAGGGGGGGGUGGAGGACUGUAGGAGGGAGUGGGGAGGUGCAAAGUGGUGUCAACACGGCAUAAAAUCUCCAAGUGACUUAAUUCUUCCAAGUGUGGGAGAAAGGGAGGUAGACUGCAAAAGCUGAAAUUGGCUUGUGGCUUCAGUUCAGACUCUUCAGAGUUUAUUUCCCCCUAAGAAAAAAGCAAGAAAGAAGAGGCUUGAGAAUUAAGAGGUUGUCCGUUCAUCAUUUCCCCAUGAGCUGGAAGGAUAUGGCCACCAUCAAUGCAGCCAUUCAUCAUUAUAAGAGUCUGUUUCUGAAAUUGGAAUAAAAAUUUGCAGAACAAAUUGUCAAUUUGCUUUCUUCAGUUUCUUUUCUGAUCUGACAUGACCUGGCCUUCGCAUUGGCCGCUGACACUGCUGCAAGAAGAGUUCAGGCCCAUUGGGUGUUGUACAGUAGUUGUAUACAUUUGUAAUUCCGAAUAGAGAAGCCCCUCUAAUAGUGUUGUAGGCACUCCAAAGAAGGAAUGAUUGACUAUUUGGCACUGUCUGAGGGUGCUCAAUUAGACAGCCAGAAAGUACUUCGAAAACAUUAUCUUGAUCUGCAUUUGGAGGAGUGGAGGCUGAUGGUAAAGGCAUGAAUGCUCAGACUAGCAUCGUUAUGCUCACAAGUUUGUGUGUUUUGGGAUCCAGGCCAAAAAAUAGAGAGCUGGCAUUUUUGGCCAACUGGGUUUCACCAGCCGGCGAACGUUUGCAUUUGGUCGGUUUUCAGAAAGGACGAAGUCAAGCCCCAAUGCAGAUUUCCGUUUUUUGGGAGGCAGGCGAGUCACACACUGUGCGCGACACACAAUUUUGCCUAUUUCACAGAUCUGUAGUGGGUAAUACCACCCGCCACUCCUGGACAUCGUGCUGACAUUGGAUGGGUGGAGAAACGUGUUCGGCAAAUGGGUAGAGUGCUCGAAAGAGCGACUGGGCGCGCCUUUUUUUAGUGUGACUCGGCCCGCCAAAAAAUUAUAAGUAAAGUCCUGGAAAGGGU